UUCUGUUCCCACUGGGGCCUGAAACCUGUUCAGCCACUCUUCAUUCUUUCGAGUUUGAGAUGUUUGGGUUUUUACCAUCCUUUGACAUUUUUUGUGUGUGUUCUCCGAACUUAGAAACUUGACUUUGGGUGCCAUCGCCUAUAAAAGGGUCCCCCACUCUGCACCCUGGCACCCAGACCUUGGACUCGACCACUGACUCAGUUGCCUUUCUCCAGAAAAACCGAAGGUGUAUCAAGGUGUCCGAGUGAAGAUCACAGUGAAGGAGCUGCUGCAGCAAAGACGGGCACACCAGGCGGCCUCCGGGGGAACCCGGUCCGGAGGCAGCAGUGUCCACCUUUCAGAUCCAGUUGCACCAUCUUCUGCAGGACUGUAUUUUGAGCCUGAACCAAUUUCUUCCACGCCCACUUAUUUUCAACGGGGAGAAUUUUCCAGUUGUGUUUCAUGUGAAGAAAACUCAAGCUGCCUCGACCAGAUCUUUGAUUCCUACCUUCAGACAGAGAUGCACCCGGAGCCUUUGCUCAGUUCCACACAAAGUGCUCCACACCAUUUCCCAGACAGCUUCCAGGCCACCCCUUUCUGCUUUAACCAGAGCCUGAUCCCGGGAUCACCUUCAAAUUCCUCCACUUUCUCUGGCUCCUUAGACUACAGUUACUCACCAGCUCAGCUGCAUUCAUAUGCUCCAGAGAAUUACAAUUCCCCUGCUUCUCUGGACACCAGAACCUGUGGCUACCCCCCAGAAGACCAUUCCUACCACCACUUGCCUUCACACGCCCAGUACAGCUGCUUCUCCUCGGCCACCGCCUCCAUCUGCUACUGCGCAUCAUGUGAGGCAGAGGACUUGGAUGCUCUCCAGGCGGCAGAGUACUUCUACCCGAGCACAGACUGUGUGGACUUUGCCCCAUCAGCAGCCGCCACCAGUGAUUUCUAUAAGAGGGAAACAAACUGUGACAUCUGCUAUAGUUAAUAGAAAUUACAGUAAUUCAGAACAUGGCACGGGUAUAUCUAUUUUUCUACCACGUCUAGAUGACACUACAAAAUAUGCAACUUGGUAACACAAUAUCCAAAGCACAGUUUACAUGUCACUAUUUCCAAUUUUCUGAUGCUAGGCAUUCAUGUGAAGUCCUCAAACCUGGUCAUUGUGCCACUCCUACUUUGUAUGCUCAUAGUUUAAAUUUUUGUAGGAAACUUUCAAUUGUUUUACCUUUUUGUGUAAUGAACAAAUGCCCUCUCCUUCUUUUUUUACUAAUAAAUAAUUUUGUAUUACU